GCUGUUUUACACAGAAAAUUUAAAUUUAAAUUUUCUGCUGUCAUGUGGUAGCCAUUGAAGUGUAAUGUUUGAAUUAUUUGCCUAUUGUAGAAGCUAGCACAGAGCACAAACUGCUUCACACACUGCCUCAAAGGUUUUAGUAAUUAAUUCAUAUAAUACAUAUAGGUGCAAAUAUAAUGGGUAAACUGCCCUCCAGCUGUCAUUAAGCAAACAACUCUGCCUAAUUUGAGGGUGUAAUGCAUAUUAUGAAUUUUACAUCACAGAGGUAUGCCUGCCUGAAAAGCUUGAUUAACGUUAUUCCACAGGGCAGCAGAGGCAGGUCUAGUUCCCUGAUCUGCAGCAUUUCCUGUUAGCAUUCCCGGCCGGGCUGCGGAGAGAAAACAUUCGUGUGCCGGAGUUCCUGCUCAGCCGCCCGACGCGCAGGCAGCAGGGAUGGAUGCUGAGAGGCGCCUGGAGAGGAGCAACCACACGGCGUUUCUGGACGACCACAUCAUGUACGUGUGGGGAGGCUACCAGGUGGUUGAUGGAAAUGACGUCGUUUGUCCCAGUGAUGAGAUAUGGCUGUUUGAUUUGGACUGCGGGACAUGGGAGCGAAGGGAGAUCACUGGUGACAUCCCCCCGGAGUUAUCUGGCUUCUGUGGCUCCUAUGUCAACGGCACACUCUACAUCUUUGCAGGAUGCGAUCCCUAUGGCUACACCAACCAUAUGUUCAGCGUGGACCUUACAGAGCAGCCUUACACAUGGAGAGAAGUGACCAACACCGGUGGAAACAAGCCGUCGCCACGAAGCAAACACACAUGCUGGGUCCACCGAGACAGGCUAAUCUACUUUGGAGGGUAUGCAUGUAAGACCUUACAGGAGGUCCGUAACACUUCCUCGUCAAAUUUCAUCGUCGAGGAGACAUCCUGGACAGCAAUUGGGAACACGCUGUUCAGGUGCUGGGGCUGGAACAACGAAGUCAGUGUGUUUGACAUACACACUGCUACAUGGAGUAUGCCAGAAACUCAGGGUCCCACUCCAGCACCCAGAGGCUUCCAUGCCACUGCCGUUCUGGGAAACAAAGGUUUCAUUUCGGGUGGCCUGGAAACCAAAGAGUUGGACCUGUUCUGCUUGGAUCUGGAAACCUGGACCUGGACUCAAUUUGACCUGCCUGCCUCCUGCGUACCCCCGGGGCGCUCGAUGCACACCAUGACCCCCACGUCAGAUCACACACUAUUCCUGUUUGGAGGUCUAGGGACAAGUGGAAAUCCUCUGUGUGAUGCCUGGUGUUUUGACUCUUUAAAGGGAGAGUGGACAGAGAGGACACACCCACACAGUGACAAACCCAGGCUGUGGCAUACAGCGUGCCAGGGUCGGGACGACGAUGUGGUCGUGUUUGGGGGAAGUCGCAACUAUUGUGUCCUCAUGGAUUCGGUGGCUGUCCUGAGGUCUCCAUGGCAACAACAGUGCAAUGAUGUGUUUAUGUUCCAGACGCAGCCAUACUCCCUCUCUAGACUGUGUGAGGACUUUAUAGGAAGACGUGCAGAGCUGUUCAGAGAGCUGCUGGACUGGCUCCCUUCAAAGCUGCAGAGGAGACUUGACAAGCGAUUGACCUUUUUCUCUGCUGACAAGCCAAUGCUAAAACAGGCCUGAUUUUAAUGCGACAGUCAUAGUGUUAACCAAAUUAUAUUUGUUUUUGUAUCAGUGUCAUUGUGUCUUUAUCUGGUAGACUUAAAUUCAUUCCUCUUUGUUAAACUAAAAGAAACUUCACCUGUUUUAACUUGAGCCUUAAGAUAUGCCUUGUGUAAAUACUGUUAUUUUUUAAAACUAAUUAUGAUUAGACAAAAUGUUAGUACGAGGUAUGUCUUUGGAUUCUGUGCAGUUUUGUUUACAGUUGAAUAAAGAUAUUGAUGUGUUGUA